AUGAGGCCAAGGUCAACUCAGGAUGCUAAUGGUGCCGUACCCUUGAACUCUGCAUUGGUAUGGAAAGUGUGGCUACGAAUCGACGAUUGCACGGAUGAGAUUAAUCAACCGUUUACUUUACCGUUUAAUGAAAUAGAUAAUUUUGAUGAUUUGAAGACCAGGCUUUUCGAGAAGUUGAACAAUUCGAGAUGGGCUGCUUUGAAUGAUAAUGCAUCCAUUGCGAUUGGAUUCCGAGCUGCAAAGGAUGAUAAUGAAAACGAAAGAGAUGAAUUACCACCGCUCGUUAAACCUUCUCCAAGUCCCGUGUUUGGUUCAGGUAACUGUUUGGGACGGAAUAAUAAGCCACUAAUUCCAGCGCCCUUGGCUGUGGAUACCUCCAGGUCGGUAUUGCCUCACAGAAGUUGCUCUAGUGUCACUACUAGUCCUCAAAGAUCUGCUUCUAAUAGUCCGAGGUUACAGCAGGGUCCAAAGAUGACUUCGAUUCGUCAUGGAUCUGCAUCUCCUUACGGUAAUCUGAAUGCAGGAAGCCGCAAGUAUAGCCCUGUGCCUUUAGUCUCAGCUGCGGCGCCUGAGGCAGAAAAAUCUCACUUACCAGGGACUCUCAAUAAAGGCUAUCAAUUCCCAUCUGAAGAAAGUUUGGAUCAUCCGGAAAGGCCAAGAGUACUAUUUGAGCCAGACGAGCUUGUGAUAAACAUUUACAGAAAACUAUUUGGUCAUAUGGGUUCGCAAAGAGCUUCCAGUUCCUUACUUAUUAUCUGUAACGAGGAAGAACGUAUUCUAGAGCCGCUUUCACCUCCACCGCCUCCAAUUGCGUUGGACACGCUUACUGCGACAACGUACAUACCAACUAAUGAAGAAAUCGCCCAACAACUGCUGGAAUCUCAAAAUUUUGAACCAAAAGAUUCUGACGAUUUUCAUCUGACGACACCUCCAGCUACUGAUCUCGGUUUGGGUCUUGACGGAGAGGAAGGUACCGUUUUAUUACAGCACAGAAUUUCAUCCGAGGCAGAAGGAGAAGAGGAGAAGGAGCGUGAAUUCAAAUUGAUAACUAAUGAAGAACAAUUAAGGAAGGAAUCCCAAAGCCUUCAGGACGCUGAACAUAGUGUUGAUUCUCCAAAACCGGCUAUAUUGUUACUUCCAAAGAAUUAUACUGGCGAUGUUGAUUUCAAUGAGGACAAUGAUCUAAAACCACCAUCUGAACCUGCUUCACCAGGCACAAUUACUUAUAAUGAUCCUUUCAAGGAUGCUUAUCAAAGCGAACUUCCUAUUCCAGCAUCUUCGUACGCUCCACUUGACGAAAAAGAAGUUGGACUGAUACAUCCCAUGCUAGAAAGCGAAAGAAGGAAAAAUACUGGCUCUUGUCCAGCUUCUCCCGAUUUGCCAAACAGGCCCGAAACAGUUGUUCCAACGCUACCUUCUCGGUUACCAUCAACUACCUCUUUGCAAAAAGGCCAGCUACCCUGGGGUUUAAUAACGGCUAAUCAUGAGAUAUUUCCCAAGAUCACAGUUCUUAUCGUUGAGGAUAACGUCAUCAACCAGGCCAUCCUGCGGUCAUUCCUGAAGAAACAUAAGAUUUCAUACAAGGUAGCUAAAAAUGGACAAGAAGCUGUGGAUAGGUGGAAAGAAGGUGGUAUUGAUUUAAUUUUUAUGGAUCUGCAGCUACCGGUGUUUUCUGGUAUGGAUGCAGCCAAGAAAAUAAGAGAUUUGGAGAAGCUGAAUGCCUCCUCCGAAACUUUACCAGACUCCAAAGAAGGGGAUAAAAAACGCAGCAAGGCCCCCGUUAUCAUUGUUGCCUUUACGGCAUCCAACACAAGAGCCGAUAAAAGAGAGGCGUUGCUGUCAGGUUGUAACGAUUAUCUGACGAAACCGGUCAAUCUACAUUGGCUGAGUAAGAAAAUCAAUGAAUGGGGAUGCAUGCAAGCUCUUAUUGAUUUUGAUAGUUGGAAGCAAGGGCAAAGCAGAAUGACCGAUAGUGUCUUAAUGAAGGCUUCUCCAAAACUUCUUCCAAAGGCAUCUGAAUCUAGUAUCCUAUCAAAUUCAUCACGAGUUGACAAUCGCAGCAAUAGUAGCGUAUCUCAAGUUAAAAUGGCUGACAGCAAAACGGUAUCAAAAAAUCACAGCAGGCAUUCCACUGAGCGAGAUAGAAGUUCGCCAGGCAACUUAUCAAAGAGAAAUCUUUCUGAUGCAAAGUAA